AUGCCGUUGCCUUUCAUUGCAGACUAUUUCUGGAAAGGCAUACCUGGUCUGCCUGGGCCCUUGACAGUCCUCAAAGUUGUCGCCGUCGUAGCCUUCAUCGGCCUUCUAAAAUGGUACUUGGCUGGCAAAGUCAACACUUCGGAGCGGCAGAUGCACAGUAAAGUCAUUAUGAUAACAGGAGGAACAUCUGGCAUAGGGGCAGCGACAGCUCUCAGUCUGGCACGGAGGGGCGCCCAAAUCGUCCUGCUCGUCCACCAAUCUCCCAAGGACAUAUUCCUUGUCGACUACAUUGACGAUUUACGAGAACAAUCUGGGAACGAAAUGAUCUAUGCCGAGCAAGUAGACUUGUCUUCCCUACACAGCAUCCGCCAAUUUGCUACGAAAUGGAUUGACAAUGCACCGCCUCGACGACUAGACAUGAUUAUUCUUUGCGGUUCGACUCUUACGCCUCCUGGCAAGCCUCGAGUAUUGAGCGACGAAGGCUUGGAAGAAACUUGGGUGGUAAAUUAUCUAGCCAAUUUCCACCUUCUCAGCAUACUCAGUCCUGCCAUCAGAGCCCAGCCGCCAGACCGAGAUGUCCGGAUCCUAUUCACAACGUGCUCUGCAUACAUUGCCUCGCCUCCCAUCAUCGAUGGGAGUGAAGCUUUGACCAAAAAGGAUUGGACCCCGGCGAAAGCUUAUGCUCGCAGCAAACUGGCAUUGAUGAUAUUUGGACAAGCAUUUCAAAAACAUUUGGAUUCACGCAAGAGACCGGAUGGCGCGCCUUCCAAUGCUCGGGUUGUAUUUGUAGACCCGGGAUAUUCGCGAACUCCAGGAAUGCGGCGUUGGUUGACAAGAGGAACACUUUGGGGUUUAGGAUUAUAUUUGGCGUUGUGGCAGACGGUCUGGCUCCUACUUAAAUCCUCGGAAGGUGGAGCCCAGAACUUGUUAUACGCCGCAAUGGAAGCUACACUAGGACGCGGCGAAGGUGGAAAAUUGAUAAAGGAAUGUCGAGAGUUAGAUUAUGCUAGGAUCGAUGUCAAAGAUGAAAAGAUUGCUAAGAAGCUGUGGGAGAGCAGUGAGAAACUAAUUGAGAGGGUCGAAAGGGAAGAAGCCGUCAAGAGGGCCUUACAAAAGAAGGAAAAAGAAGAAUUGGAGAAGAAUAAGCAGUCGGCCGAACAUGUACCAGACAAGUCAGACGCCCCAGUUGUCGGCGAGGGGAAAAAGUCUAAAUCUCGGAGGCAGAGGAAGGCCAAAUCCUAA